AUGCCUUCCAGAGCGAUCCUAUCUUCUCCACCGCCGCCGCCACCGUUCUCUGACCACCACCACCACAUUCCACGGCCAAGCUUCCUGCUGAAGAGCAGAAUCCUGUUCCUGUCCCUCACCAUCUCCGCCACCGCAGUCAUCAUCUUCACCAUCCUAUGCUUCCUCUACCACCUCUCCCGCUCCUUCCUCCACCACUACCACUACUUCCGCUCCCGCCGCCGCGCCCGCACCAUCCCCUUCGACGACUCCCCUCUCGCCGCCGCCAAGCUCAAGCGCUUCACCUACUCCGACCUCAAGCUCGCCACCAACGACUUCCACGACUCCUCUGUCAUCGGCCGCGGCGGCUCCGCCACCGUCUUCCGCGCCAUCGCCCGGGACGGCAAGCUCUACGCAGUCAAGCGCCUCGACUCCGCCGCCCUCACCCUCAACUCCGAGCGCGAGUUCCAAAACGAGCUCCACAUCCUCGGCGGCCUCAAAUCCCCUUUCCUCGUCACCCUAUUGGGCUACUGCGUCGAAAAAAAGCACCGAUUGCUGGUCUACGAGUACAUGCCCAACAAGAGCCUGCAGGAAUGGCUGUUCGGCGAGGGCAAUUUGGGGAUGGAGGUUCUGACCUGGGAGAGGCGGUUCAGCGUGAUUGCCGACGUGGCGAGAGCGCUCGAAUUCCUCCACACGGGGUGCGACCCUCCCGUGAUUCACGGCGACGUCAAGCCCAGCAAUGUCCUCCUCGAUUUCGACCUCCGGGCCAAGAUUUCGGACUUCGGGUUGUCCCGGGUCAAAGGGGAACCCGGAUUCGGGCCCGAUUUGUUCACGAGCCAGGAUUUCGGCAAGAGCCAGGAGCUUUCCGGUAAUUUGACGCCGUUAGAGAGCAGUGCUGCGAACAACGAGGUUGUGGAUUUCGCGCUGGCUCUGCAGGCUUCUUCGUCCUCGAGCAAGGGAGGUGGGUACGCCGUGAACGGAAUGAAGUUCAACUCCGUCAGCUAUAACGGGGUUUUUGCAGUGGAGACGGGGAAGGGAAAGGAGGUUUCUGCUGCGGCGGUGGCGGGGGAGAAUGGCGGAGAUGAUGAGCAUAGCAGGGAGCUCAAUUGCAGCGUCGAUCAGGAGAAUCAGGAUCAAGAUCCGGCGGAGGAAAGCGGGAAGCAAUGGGGGAAAGAUUGGUGGUGGAGGCAAGACGGGAGUGGGGAACUGUGCAGCAAAGAUUAUGUGAUGGAAUGGAUUGGCAGCCAAAUUUGUCCUUCCACUAACCCUAAUUGGGAAGACCACGCGGCGGCUGCAACUCCGGACGCUCCUCCUCCUCCACCUCCGUCGCCGCCAGCUACGACCGCGGCAGCUACUCGGUCGGAUGGACUGGUGGAAGAGGAGAACUUUAAGGUCAAGAAGAACAAGAACAAGAAGAAUCAGAACAGGACGAUGAAGGAAUGGUGGAGAGAAGAGCACUUGGAGGAAAUGUGCAAGAAGGGGAGCAACAAAUUGAAAGCCAAUAAUCAUAUUCAGUUCAAAUGGAAGAAAGGGUUCAAGAUUCAUUUCCACCGUCGGAAGAAAUCGAUGGAGAAGAAGCAAGAACAUCACUUUGAAACAGAGUUGAACGGAGGGGAGUUCAGUUUCAGGGGAGCGUGGAGGAAGAAGAAGAUGAAUCGUAAUACGAAUCAGAAUGCCGCAAACGGAAGCGAAAUGUGGAGCGGGGAUUUGUUCAGCAGGGAACUGAGCAGCACAACCACGAGCAUGAGAGGGACAUUAUGCUACGUUGCGCCGGAGUACAGCGGCGGCGAGAAAUCCGAUAUAUACAGCUUCGGAGUUCUGAUUCUGGUGAUAGUUUCAGGGAGAAGGCCGCUCCAUGUUCUGGCUUCGCCGAUGAAGCUAGAGAAGGCGAAUUUGGUCAGCUGGUGCAGGCAAUUGGCACAGUCUGGUGGGUUGGAUAAUGUGUUGGAGCUUGUGGAUGAGAGGUUGAAGGGCGAGUACGAUAAAGAGCAGGCGAGUUUGUGCAUAAACUUGGCGCUGCUCUGCCUGCAGAAGAUGCCGGAGCUGCGGCCGGAUAUUGGGGAUAUAGUGAGGAUACUGAGAGGGGAGAUGGAGGUUCCGCCGCUGCCGUUUGAGUUCUCUCCAUCUCCACCUCCGCCUUCCAAGUUGUUCCACAAGUCGAGGAGAAAACAGAGGGCUAAUGGCGAUAACAACACUAGUACAGAGUAG